UGAAAACUGCAGCCUUCUGAAGAGCUGCAUUUUAUGACAAUCAGUUCUUUGUAAACUUCUGCACUAUCACAGCUGAGGAAAUAAAGAACUCAAGGCAGGCUGCGAACCACCUGGGAAGGAAUUUGAAACGACAAUGUCUGCAAAAAAAGGCAAAAAAGAAGUCACAAGCUACCGUGACUGGAUGUCGCAACUACCACCUCAACUCCACAACAUUCCACUCUUUAAUCUGGCCAUACCAGGUAGCCAUGACUCUAUGAGUUACGACUUGGACAUCAACUCCUCUAUUGUAGAGCCUGACAGACUGAAAAGAUUGAGCAAGAUUUACUGUGCACGGAAAAUAGUGCGCAAAUGGGCGGCCACUCAGGAGGAGACCAUCACAAUGCAGCUGGAUGCAGGAGUUCGCUACUUUGACCUGAGGAUCGCUCGCAAAGCAAAUGACCCUGACCCCACAAGGCUUUAUUUUUAUCAUGGGCUGUGCACACAGACUGAUGUCGAGACUGUUCUCAGGGCGAUAAAUGACUGGGCAGAGAGGCACCCCAAAGAGAUCCUCAUCCUGGCUUUAUCCAACUUCAAAGGGUUUGACAAAAAGAUUGAAAAGCAGCUCCACGCCCAUCUUAUCAACUUCAUCAAGACCUUGUUUGGAGCCAAACUCCGGAACACGGUAUCACAGCGGGACCCCAUCCCUACCCUGAAGAGGUGCUGGGACAAAGGCACCAACAUCAUAGUCUCAUAUGAUUAUUCGACACCUCAGCACCCUGAACUAUGGAAUAAAAUACAAUAUUUUUAUGGCAAUAGCAUGGACACCACAAAAGUUGAAUCCGAACUUCGUCGGGUUUUGGAAACGGCAAGGCCUUAUCAGUGUUUCUUUGUGUGUGGCCUGAACCUGACGCUACCACAUAAUGUGCGGAUACUCAUGUACAUCCUUCGCCUUUGUGACAACUUUAUCAACGUUGUGCAGAGGGGUUUGCCAAGGCUGCUGCAGUGGAUGAGGCAGCAAGCCGCCAAAACACCUAUGAACAUUGUGGCUUCAGAUGUGGUGACUCGUGACGACUUUGUCUCAACAGUUGUCAAGCUAAAUACUUUAAAGUUUGCAAAGGCAUAG